AUGGAGGUGUUCAGUGAGUAUGAAAUGCGUUUGCAGUUUCUAAGAUGUCGAGAGGCUUGGCUUACUGGAAUUCUUGAGGAUCUGGACCAGAAAAAUGCUUAUGAGUACUUGAAAGGGAUGAUAAACUGUCACAGAAUGCAUCUUUUUGAUGUUGUUAACCAAUAUAGAGCAAUAUUCGCUGACGAUACAUCAGGAAGUGAAGAAAAUUAUGAUGGAGGCCUUCUUUUUAGUUGGGCUAUGCAUCAAAUUACUUCACACCUUAAAACUCUUAAAAUUAUGCUCCCAAAGAUAACUGAGGGUGGAUCUCUGUCAAAUAUUCUGGAUCAGUGCAUGUAUUGUGCUAUGGGGCUUGGUUGGGUUGGGCUGGAUUUUCGAGGCUUGCUUCCGCCACUAUUUGAAGAGGCAGUUCUCAACUUAUUCUCGAAGAAUAUGAGUACAGCAGUAGAAAAUUUUCAGUUAGUUUUGGAUUCACAUCGAUGGGUUCCACUACCAGCAGUUGGCUUUCCAGCCUCUAGUGUAGGUGAAGAAACUCAGGAAGAUAUGACUCCACCAUCUUAUCUAAUGGAGCAUCCACCUCUGGCAGUGUUUGUUAACGGUGUUGCCGCUGCAAUGAAUGAGUUACGCCCAUGUGCCCCAUUGAAUUUAAAGAAUGUGCUUGCUCAAGAAUUGAUUAAGGGGUUGCAGGCUGUAUCCGACUCUCUAUUGAGGUACAGUACAACUCGGAUGCUUAGACAAAAUGAAUCUGGGCUUUUCCUCUCGCUCUGCCGCGCAUUUAUAGAGGUUGCUUACCCACAUUGUGCCACAUGCUUUGGGCGUUGUUACCCCGGUGGGGCUGUGCUUAUCAUGGAUGCAAAGAAUUUAUAUGAUGGAGUUGGCCGCCUAUUGACGCUCUCUCCAGCAAAAGAACUCCCCAAACCAGUGAGUGGUGGAGAGGGAAAGAGCAUACCGGAAAACGGUAAACUUUCUGCAGAGGAAAAUGGAGUUAUGUCUGGUGUCGAAGAAGCACAAGGUAGCUGUGAGGACCAGGAGGAGCACAAGAGUCCUGUGAAGACCGAGGAAACCAAGGAAGAGUGAAAAGCAUUUGUCUCUGAGCAAUUAAUUCUGUGAGAGUUAUAAUGUUUAGCUUUAGUAGGAAUUGUGGCAGCACAAAAUUUUGAUAAUUUGGUAUUGUAAAAUAUCUAAUUGAUAAUCUACUAUACCUUAAUUGAACUUAUAUAGCUACUAUGAGGCAAUUUGUAAUAGAAAUGUAUGGGGUAUGACAUACCUCAAAAUAUCGAUAUUCAUUGUAAUAAAAUACGCUUACAAUUCUACUCAACUAAGU